CGUACAAGGACUCCUCGUCCUCUUGCAUUAGCUGCUGAUUUUUAUAGUGGAUUAGCCUGGGAUGUUACCUACCCGUUUAUACGGGCACUUUUUUUUAUUGACAAGAGAAUCUCAUUGAUUGAUGCAUUUAUUACUGAUUGAUUGGUUGGAAAUAAAGUGUGGAACCCAUUAUAGAUGACAGGUGGUCAUUAUCACUGGUACAUGCAGUUGCAGUAACUAGCCCUACUUGGACAUGAUUUUAAAAAAUGAUUCGUUUGUAGAAAUGUUCUCUGUUACGCAUGCAUUCAUCUGAAGGCCUCGUUCUCCAGGGAACGAUCCAGUGUUUUUCUGUCCUGUGCUCACAGGAAUGAAAGCUCCUUGGGAAUCACACAGGUAGAGGGAUGCCUUUCAUCUUCUAGAUUUCGGCCGGCAGAAAUCUUUAUUGGAGCUCGAACAGCCUUAUCUUCUCGCCUUCGCUCUCCCUGUGCGCCCUCCCGCUCUCGAGCAAGCCUACUGUAUUUCUGCUGCAGAGUGGGGCGUGUGACGUCAACGAAUGCUGGAGCGGCUCCUUGGCUCGAGCGAGAAAUGGGGAGAAAAUUCCGAGGGCCAAAGGUUCAUGGUGAGGCAGACGUAACGGUGACGAAGAACAAAUCUACAACCUAAGAAGAUUCUGAAUCUGCGGGUUUGUGUGUGUCAGACUGUCAGUAUGUGUGAUGGCAUGAAUGGCCUUUGGUCUAAUUCUCGCCUCCUUCAGACAUCCCUCUUCCUUCUCUCCCUCAUCUAACUCUCACCACCACCAUUUUUGUACCAUGAGAGGACCUGCCCAGUACUCCGUGAGUAGUACGCCCGCGGCGUGUCUGCGGCGCUGUGCCGCGUGAGGGGCCCCCCCGUCGGCCUUUCGCGGAAUGGCUUCUUUGGACCUGCCCUACCGCUGUCCUCGUUGCGGGGAGAACAAACGCUUCCGGUCGCUGUCCUCCCUCCGCGCCCACCUGGAGUACAGCCAUACCUACGAGACGCUCUACGUGCUCUCCAAGUCCAACAGCGUGUGUGACGCCGCUGCACUACUCCCCCUGGUGGCCGACGGAGACCUUCUCCUCACUCCUUCUGCCCCCGGCGGCAACCACAGCAACAACAACGACCCCUUCGACGGACUUCAACUCCGGUCUUCCGCCUUCAGGGACUUCAAGGAGCGUCGCUUCCCGUGCCGCGAGCUUCCCUGUCCCGAAGACCUCGGCGGUUUGUCCACAACGUCCAACGCCGCGGCUCUCUACAUCCCCAAUGUAGAGUUCCCCCUGGGGGAGAUCUUUGUGAAGAAAGCCAUGAGUGCAGCCGGUGACCAUCACAGUUCCCACAGCAACCAAAGCACGGCCGUGGCGGUGGCGGCGAAUGUGGCGGCGAGCGCAGUGGAGGCGGCCUAUGAGGAGGGUCUGGCCAGGCUGAAGGCAAGGGCCUUUGAGCGUCUGGAGCUGGACGAGAGGCUGGAGAAACUCUCAGAGGAGGUGGAGCAGAAGAUAGCUGCACGUGUGGGUCGGCUGCAGACAGAGCUGGAGAGGAAGAGCGGCGAGCUGGAGCGGGCCAAGCAUGAGAGCGUGCGGCUGGGCCAGGAGAAACAGGACCUGGAGGACAAGGCAUCGGAGCUCUCCCGCCAGGUGGAUGUUUCGGUGGAGAUGCUGGCCAACCUCAAGCAGGACCUGGUCAGCAAGGAGGAGGAGCUCACCCACAAACAACUGGAGGUAACCCAGAUAGACCAGUUCCUCCAGGAGACGGCGGCGCGGGAGGCCAACGCCAAGGUGCGCCUGCAGCAGUUCAUCGAGGAGCUCCUGGACCGUGCCGACCGUGCCGAGAAACAGCUGCAGAUCAUCAGCAGCUGCGGGACCACGCCCAACGGCAGCAUGGGACGCUGCAGCCUGCCCGGCACCAACAAGGGCUCCAACAAUGGACGCCAGAGGAACUCCAGUAUCUCUGGGACUUCUAGGGGCAUGUACCAGGUCUCUGACCGACGAUCCUCUCCCAGCACCGGAGCGUCGGGCCGGGUCAAGUCCUGCUCCCAGGGCACGGGCGGGGGCUACGACAGUGGCGACAGCGUGGAGAUGCACCCCAUGGAAGAGUGCCCCGAGGGCCAGUACUACCAUGUCCAGUGUCGGCUGGGGGAAGGGGGUGGACAGGGAGGGGGCGGACAGUGCUACGAGAGGGCCGGGGUGUCCCGGAGCUGGGGGCUCCGCAAGCAGGCCAUCCAGAACUGGCAGCGGCGACCCUACCGGAACAGCACGGAGGGGGAGGAGGGCGACGUGUCGGACGUGGGCUCCAGGACUACCGAGUCGGAGGCGGAGAUGUGGGAGAAGCAGGAGAGGAGGGCCACCAUGGCUGAGACGCAGCAGUCUGGAGCACCGAGACAAUCUGGGUACCGCCAAGGCACAGGCCGUUCCGAGGGGGGCUACCGCCACAACAAGCCGUGUCGCCACGACAAGAGCCCGUCCCGGUCCAACAGCGAGGUGAUCAGCCCGGAGAUACUGAAAAUGAGGGCGGCUCUGUUCUGUAUCUUUACCUACCUGGACACCAAGACCCUGUUGAGGGCCGCGGAGGUCUGCAGGGACUGGAGGUUUGUGGCCCGCCACCCUGCCGUGUGGACCCGGGUGCUGCUGGAGAACGCCCGCAUCUCCUCCAAGUUCCUGAGUACACUGUCCCAGUGGUGCACCCAGACCCAUUCGCUCAUCCUCCAGAACCUCAAACCACGACAGAGGGGCAAGAAGGAGAUCAAGGAGGAGUACCUCAAGAGCACACGUGGUUGUCUGGAGGAGGGCCUGGAGUCCUUGCUGAAGGCUACAGGAGGGAACCUGUUGAUCCUCAAGGUGUCUCAUUGUCCCAACCUGCUAACUGACCGCUCUCUGUGGCUCGCCAGCUGCUACUGCCGAGCCCUGCAGGCCGUCACAUACAGGAGUGCCACAGACCCUGUAGGACAGGAGGUGAUCUGGGCUCUAGGAGCAGGCUGUAGAGACAUCAUCUCUCUCCAGGUGGCACCACUACAUCCAUGCCAACAACCGGCUCGCUUCAGCAACCGAUGCCUGCAGACCAUUGGCCGAUGCUGGCCACACCUCAGAGCCCUGGGCGUGGGCGGGGCAGGGUGUGGCGUUCAGGGACUAGCCUCAUUGGCGAGGAACUGCAUGCGUCUGCAGGUGUUGGAGCUGGAUCAUGUGAGUGAGGUCAACCAGGAAGUGGCAGCUGAGGUGUGCAGGGAGGGUCUGAAGGGCCUGGAGAUGCUGGUCCUCACCUCCACCCCGGUCACCCCUAAGGCCCUGCUACACUUCAACAGUGUGUGUCGCAACCUGAAGUCCAUCGUGGUGCAGAUCGGAGUAGAGGACUACUUCGAGGACCCCAACAGCCCUGAGGCUAGGAAGCUGUUUGACGAGAGGGUGAACAAGCUGCAGGGCUUGAAGAAGAGACCAGGCUUCUCCAAAAUUCUGCACGUGAAGGCGGACAUCCUCUGCUAACCUCAUCCACCACCCAGAACCCCCAAAGAAGAAGGGUCGGCCAUUUUGUUUCCAGACACACCAACACGACCGACCUAGUCAUUUGUAACCCCUUGACGCGACGCGAGGACGAAACAGCCUGAAGUACCAGUCAGCCAACACACACAUGUAACUGAAGAGGAAAUUCAGCAACAUGAUUCUUUAUUGUUAAAAAUAAAAACCAAUGUGUUUUUAGCUCUUAGCCUUGACUAAAAGACAGACACCACAGACAGAUAGACACUCCAUAGACCACUACAAUGCCAAUUGGAGAGAUGCAAUGCAGUACAGAACAGAGGAUAGACAAGACAAGAGGCCAGGUCAGGUAGAUAAGUCAGGUCAACACCUUACCCUGGAGCAUACAAACCCAGUGGAAAUUCUCAUAAAGGGACCAAACCCUCCUUUACCAUAGAUGUACUAGAGAGCUCAUCUCCUAUCUUUUCAAUGGCUGCUUUUUUGACCAAAUGGGCAGCACCAUUGAGAGCUAUCUCUAUUUUUAAAGUAGUACAUUUUGUGUGUCCUCUAUCCAACUCUAUGGUGGGAUAAAGUGUAGUAAACACAUCAUCAGGCUGGUAACAAGACCAGGGGCCCCUAAGUCUCCACGAAAACUAACAGGGACCAUGUUUGUGACUUGCUGACCUUCCAAACAGAUUUGAAACAUAAACUCUAUUGGACUUUGUAGAUGCCGUAAUAUCGGCUGGCAUUUUGAUUUCAACUGAGAAAAGAGCUGUAAGCUGGGGGAUGGAUGUCAUGAAGGAGCAGGCUCUUGUUCUCUAUUCACCGAGAGCAUCUGCAGAGAAUGUGUCUGGGAUGCUUUUUUUUUAAUCAAGUUGCUCAACAGCACAUAUUCUGUGGAAAUGCACAUGAGCAGUAAAGCAGAUGUAGGGAUGGAUGGUGUGUGAUUUUUGACCCUGUCCUGAGCCAGAGGAGUAAGUUAAAAUAGACCCUCAACUCCCAACGUGUGUGUGUGUGUAAUGCAUGACAUACCAGCUUCAGACUUGGUCAAACAUAAAACGAGAAGAUAUCUUGUCACCUUUUAGAUUUUUUUUUUUUGAUUCCAAGGUCUUUAUCGGCCAAUCAGCCGCUCCAUGGUGUGGUCGCCAUGGGAACAGUGCAGUUCCCAUCUUCAGCAAGAUCAUCAGCGGCGCACAGUCUCUCCCGCACACACUUGGAUUUUCAGCUGUCAAUUACUUUUGUCUGUGGAACUCUUACAGUAUCUGUAGGCCGGCUGGUCCAUAAGGCAGCUACUGUUUAUUUUGUUUUUAAACAGGCUUGCAAAUGGAUUCCUUUUGCCUUUUAUUUCAGAAAUGAUGACGUUCAUAGCUGUGUGUGUUCUUUCGUAAAGUGUUUUCUCCGAUGUGGCACUAAUCUAUAGGAGCGUUGUAUAAGGCAGUCGUUCACCCUAUUCAAAUAACGAGCCUCUAGCUCUGCAAGCUACAGUGAAUUACAUGAGGUUCAUUCCAAAUGCACCCUAUUCCCUAUGUACAGUAGUGUAAUAUACUUUCAACCAGGGCUCAUAAGGGCUCCACACCUUAGGGGCCUGAUUUGGUGUCACACUUUUGUCCCAGUCCAAGCUAACACACCUGAUUCCAAUAACCAACUAAUUGUGCUCUUCAGUUUAGAAUGCAAUUAGUUUAAAUCCUAGGGAUGGG